UAAUAAAAAAGUUUUCAGCAGAGCAAAGCUAGAAAAACAUACAUAAUGCAACAUGUAAAACAGUGUCUAACUGUGUACAGGUCAUUCACAUGUGUUGCUCUUCUUCCUCUGUGAACUUGUACAGAGAUAAAAUAACAUGAGUCCUGGUCAAACUACCAAAACAGAAACCCAGCCCUCCUUCCAGAUCAGACUGGUGCAGAGUCGGCGAGUGAAAGUGAAAGUGUGAAAGCGAAACUAGGGCGUGUUGUUUGUGUCAGAGGACAAGAGCAGCAGGCAGAACGGGGGAGCAAACUUUCUUCUUCACUGCCGUCUUCUUCCUGUCAGCAGAAUGCCGGACACCCAGCUUUGUCUGGAGGCCUUGUCAGCUCUCUCCGGCUGCAAAGUCGAGCUGACUAGCGGAACCUCGCAGCUCAGCCCGCAGGACUUCGUCAACAUCGUGGCCCUUAAGGAGUUCUUAAAGCAGGAGGGGUUCAAGGAGCUGGACUACCCCAGUUUGGGGACGCUCUCCCUGCAGGACCUGGACGACCAGGACAUGUACUCCUCCCCGCUGGCGCUGACCGAGGCCCCCGUAGACCAACCAACCACGGUGAAGAUCAACCCGCAGGACUUCUUUCAUCCGCAAUACGACUACGACUUCACCAAAAUAAAGGAUGGCGACACCAAGUUCCUGCGUGGUAACGAGCAGUACCGGCGCCCCUGCGGAUGGAACCGGCUCGCCCUGCGGGUCACGCAGAAGUACGACGGAGGAGACGGCUGGCUCGGGACGGGGAAGGACGCCUGGCCCGUCUCCUACCAGGGAUACAAUAUGGACGGCUCCCUCGGCAUCAUCCUGACCCGCGGCGACAGCUCCGAAGACGAACCCAAGUUCCUGGACGCAGCCGCCGCCUCUCUGACCACCGGGGAGACCCGGGGCAGAGGGGUCUACUCCACGCCAGACAUCAAGAUGGCGCAGAAGUAUUGCAGGAAGUUCAAGUCCAAAGUGGACGGGAAGACGUAUGAGGUGGUUCUGCAGAACCGGAUCAACCCAGAGAAGAGGACGAAGUGCCAGAGAGAGGACGUGUGGUUGGUUUACAUCCCUGAGAGCUACGGCCCCGUCCAGACCAGGGCCGUGGUGCAGGAGUCCAUCCGUCCGUACGGCCUGCUGCUGAAGCAGGUGUGAAAGAAUUCAACCUGAAGCUUCCAGAUUAUCAACAAAAAAAACCUCAUAAAAUGAUUCCAGACCUUAAAACCAGGAACAAAUCUUCUUUUAAAGAGUCUUUUCUAACAUUUUAUCAAAAUGUUGCUGCUUUUUCUAACAAAACAACCUGCACUCGCUGCCUGCUCAGGUGAUGGACGCACCUUCUGCUGCCUUAUUUUGAGUUUCAUGUUAUAUUAACUUUUGAGGAAAUCAGGUUAAACUUUGGUAUUUGUUCGAUACACAUAAAUGUCAGUAUUGAUGUGUGUAACAAAUAGAAAAAUAAAAAGAGAACAAACAUGCA